AUGACAUCUGGUGCAACUGUUUUCGAAGCCCGCAAUAUGAAUGCCAAUGAGGAUGCAAAGGAACUAGAAAAGGCUAUGAAGGGUCUUGUAACCACUUACAUCAUAGGUACAAAUGAACAGAAAAUAAUCGAUAUUUUGGCAAACCGGAGCGUUCGUCAACGAAAUGAAAUUGCUAAGGCUUACAAGGCUGCCUACGGCAAGGAUCUCAAAGAAAGGCUUCAUAGUGAACUCAGCGGCAAUUUUCGGAGAGCCGUGCUGUACUCAUUUUAUGACAAAGCUCACGUUAACGCAAAAGCCUGUUACAAGGCCAUGAAAGGUGCUGGAACAGAUGAACAAAUUCUUAUUGAUACAAUUUGCACAUCGGAUAAUGCUGAAAUUGAUUGUCUUAAGAAGGCAUAUACUGAUACUGUUAGGCGAAACCUCGAAACAGACGUUAAAGGCGAUGUAAGUGGCGAUCUCGAGCGUGUUCUUGUUGCCUUACUGCAAGGCAAACGUGAAACGGAGUGCGACCCCACCCAGGUUACAAAGGAUGCCGAAGAGCUCUACCAAGGCGGUGAGAAGAAACUUGGAACUGAUGAGUCGCUAUUCACACGAAUUCUCGUUACACGAAGCUACAAGGCAAUUCGUUCUAUUAAUGAGGCAUACGCAAAGGCAAAUGGAAUUGGCACGUUUAGAUUUAUAUCAACAACUUACAAAUUAAUUGUCCUUCAGGCAGUUGGUCAUGACCUAAUUCGAGCAAUUGAAAAAGAAACAUCGGGGGAUUACAAGCGGGCAUUGAUCACCAUAGUCAAAACAGCCAUAAACAAAAAUGAAUGCAUUGCGGACAUCCUUUACAACAGCAUGGCGGGUGCCGGAACUCACGAUGACAAUUUGAUUCGUGUUAUAAUGGCGUAUUCUGAGACUUCUCUGGCAGAGAUCCGAAAUACCUUCAAUACGAAGUACACCAAGAAACCCUUGAAUGAAAUGGUGAAAGAUGACACGUCCGGGGACUACAGAAAGUUCCUUCUUGCCAUCCUUGGAACUGAUGAACAAGCAAUCAUCGACAUUCUUUCGUGCCGUUCGCUUUCUCAAAGACAACGAAUUGAAGCCGCUUUCAAGUCGAUUUAUGGAAUUGAUCUCAAACAAAAACUGCACAAAGAGCUUAGUGGCAAAUUCCGCCUGGCCGUUCUGUACUCCUUCUACGAUCAGGCUCACGUCAACGCCAAGUCGAUCUACCGAGCCAUAAAGGGAGCUGGUACAGACGAAACCAUCUUGAUUGAUGUCAUCUGUUCCAGCACAAAUGAAGAAAUUCAUGAGUUGAAGAAGGCUUACGACGAUAUUCUUAAGGAAAAGAAGCAAAACCCGUACCUUAUGAAUGAAUUCCCUAAGGCUGUGGAAAUCGGUCAUAUUUUAUUUCACAGGCGACUUGGGACCGACGAGGCUACCUUCACUAAUAUUUUAGUAAACUGUCCGUGGGAGGAAAUUGUUGCGAUUGAUACAGUCUAUAGUCAGGCUGUCGGGCAUGAUCUUCCUACGGCCAUUGAAAAAGAAACCUCAGGAGAUUACAAACAUGCCCUCCUUGCCCUGUUUAAGACCGCUGUAAGCAGAGAGAGGUACUACGCGGAGGUGCUGUACAAAUCAAUGAAGGGGCUAGGCACUCACGACGAGAACCUCGUUCGCAUGAUCAUGGCACACUGCGAGGUCGAUUUGGCCAAUAUCAAGGAGGUUUUCGAGACCAUGUAUGGAAAAACCCUUGAAGAUAUGGUCAAAAGUGACACGUCAGGUGAUCAAAGGAAAUUCCUUUUGGCGAUGAUGGGUGCUCGCAUGGAGUAG